UAUUUCUGUCCCGCCCCCCAGCCGCGGCUCUUUCUGCGAGGGGCGCGCGGCGAGCGGCUGGUCGCGUGGCGCGCGUCCGGGGUCUCGGCGGCCAUUGAGGAGCGGACGCGGGCGGCGGCGGCGGUGCAGCGCGAGCAGGCAGCGGCCGACCGGGCCUCGGCAGCGCCCCGCGCGCAGCGGGCGGCGUCCCAGGCGGCGCACGGCAGCGUCGGCCUCGCGGCGGCGGCGGCGGCGCCGACCCAGCCGUUGGCGGCGAGCGUGUCUGCGCCUGCGCGGCAGGCCCGAGCCCCUCCUCCCCCCCCUGGGCGCCCCCGGCGGCGUGUGAAUGGCGGCCUCGGCGGCAGCGGCCUCGGCGGCGGCGGCGACAGCCGCCUCGAGCAGCCCGGGCCCGAGCGAGGGCUCGGCGGGCGGCGAUAAGCGCGCCCCCGCCGCGGCCGCGGCUUCGACUGCGGCCCCUGCAGCGGCCUCGGGCUCGGCCUCGGCCUCCGCGUCGUCGCCCGCGGGGGGCGGCGGCGAGGCGCUGGAGCUGCUGGAGCACUGCGGCGUGUGCCGGGAGCGCCUGCGGCCCGAGCGGGAGCCGCGCCUGCUGCCCUGCCUGCACUCGGCCUGCAGCGCCUGCCUCGGGCCCCCCGCGCCGGCCGCCGCCAACAGCUCGGGGGACGCCGGGGCGGCGGGCGACGGAGCCGCAGUCGUGGACUGUCCCGUGUGCAAGCAGCAGUGCUUCUCCAAAGACAUUGUGGAGAACUACUUCAUGCGCGACAGCGGCAGCAAGGCCCCCGCGGACUCCCAGGACGCGAACCAGUGCUGCACCAGCUGCGAGGACAACGCCCCGGCCACCAGCUACUGCGUGGAGUGCUCCGAGCCCCUGUGUGAGACCUGCGUGGAGGCGCACCAGCGGGUGAAGUACACCAAGGACCACACCGUGCGCUCCACCGGGCCAGCCAAGUCCCGCGAUGGGGAGCGCACCGUCUACUGCAGCGUGCACAAGCACGAGCCGCUGGUGCUGUUCUGCGAGAGCUGCGACACCCUCACCUGCCGGGACUGCCAGCUCAACGCCCACAAGGACCACCAGUACCAGUUCCUGGAGGAUGCCGUGAGGAACCAGCGCAAGCUCCUGGCCUCGCUGGUGAAGCGCCUCGGGGACAAGCAUGCCACCCUGCAGAAGAACACCAAGGAGGUUCGCAGCUCCAUUCGCCAAGUGUCCGACGUGCAGAAGCGCGUCCAGGUGGACGUUAAGAUGGCUAUUCUGCAGAUCAUGAAGGAGCUGAACAAGCGGGGCCGCGUGCUGGUCAAUGAUGCCCAGAAGGUAACGGAGGGGCAGCAGGAGCGCCUGGAGCGGCAGCACUGGACCAUGACCAAGAUCCAGAAGCACCAGGAGCACAUCCUGCGCUUCGCCUCCUGGGCUCUGGAGAGCGACAACAACACGGCCCUGCUGCUCUCCAAGAAGCUGAUCUACUUCCAGCUACACCGGGCUCUCAAGAUGAUCGUGGACCCCGUGGAGCCCCACGGCGAGAUGAAGUUCCAGUGGGACCUCAACGCCUGGACCAAGAGCGCCGAGGCCUUCGGCAAGAUCGUGGCGGAGCGUCCUGGCACCAACUCCACAGGCCCUGCGCCCAUGGCCCCUCCCCGGGCUCCGGGACCCUUGAGCAGCAAGCAGGGCUCUGGCGGCAGCCAGCCCAUGGACGUGCAGGAAGGCUAUGGCUUCGCGUCAGAUGACUCUUACAUGAGUGCAGAGCCCCAUGUGUCAGGCAUGAAACGGUCCCGCUCAGGUGAGGGUGAAGUGAGCGGCCUCAUGCGCAAGGUGCCCCGGGUGAGCCUCGAGCGCCUGGAUCUUGACCUCACAGCCGACAGCCAGCCGCCAGUCUUCAAGGUCUUCCCAGGCAGCACCACCGAGGACUACAACCUGAUCGUCAUUGAGCGCGGGGCUGCCGCUGCUGCUGCCGGGCAGCCGGGGACUGCGCCUGGCACCCCUGGUGCCCAGCCCCUGCCUGGCAUGGCCAUUGUCAAGGAGGAAGAGACAGAGGCUGCCAUCGGCGCCCCGCCUGCCACCGAGGGCCCGGAGACCAAGCCUGUGCUGAUGGCUCUGGCGGAGGGCCCCGGUGCGGAGGGUCCCCGCCUGGUCUCCCCCAGUGGCAGCACCAGCUCCGGCCUGGAGGUGGUGGCUCCAGAGGGCACCUCAGCCCCAGCUGGCGGCCCUGGUGCCCUGGAUGACAGUGCCACCAUCUGCCGCGUCUGUCAGAAGCCAGGCGACCUGGUCAUGUGCAACCAGUGCGAGUUCUGCUUCCACCUGGACUGCCACCUGCCGGCCCUGCAGGAUGUGCCCGGGGAGGAGUGGAGCUGCUCGCUCUGCCACGUGCUGCCUGAUCUGAAGGAGGAGGAUGGCAGCCUGAGCCUGGACGGUGGGGACAGCAGUGGUGUGGUGGCCAAGCUCUCGCCAGCCAACCAGCAGAAGUGUGAGCGUGUCCUGCUGGCCCUUUUCUGCCACGAGCCCUGCCGGCCCCUGCACCAGCUGGCGACCGACUCCAGCUUUUCCGUGGAUCAGCCUGGUGGCACAUUGGACCUGACGCUGAUCCGCGCCCGCCUCCAGGAGAAGCUGUCGCCCCCCUAUAGCUCUCCUCAAGAGUUUGCCCAGGACGUGGGCCGAAUGUUCAAGCAGUUCAACAAGCUGACAGAGGACAAGGCGGACGUGCAGUCCAUCAUCGGCCUGCAGCGCUUCUUUGAGACUCGGAUGAAUGAGGCCUUUGGUGACACCAAGUUCUCUGCUGUGCUGGUGGAGCCCCCACCGCUGAGCCUGCCUGGUGCCGGCCUGAGCUCCCAGGAGCUGUCCAGUGGCCCUGGUGAUGGCCCCUGAGCCAGCUCAGCCUGGGUGUGUCCUGUCAGCCCUGCCCUUCCCCUCUGGUGGUCUGGCUCCCAUUCCUUGGUAGCCCCAUUCCCUGGUCCCUCACAAUAUGGUUUUUACUUCUGUGGAUUUAAUAAAAACGUCACAAGUUC